AUGCAGCAGCAGGCAGCAGGUCCUUCGUCAAGGUCGUCGACGCGCUUCGAUCCGCUCCGUCUCCUAUCCGAGAUCCAAACCGACCGUUCUGCAGCGCGCGAUCACGAUGACGCCCCCGCUCAACCAAACGAAGAUUCGGACGAUGAAAACGACGACGACGAUUUCAUGUCGGACAAAUUUCUAGUCACAGAGGAGCCCAGGCAGCCGCUGACGUAUACGGACAAACGCAGGAAGCUUGAGGCGCAUCAUUCGGCCAAAGCGGCGCGCAGGUCUGUGAGGGAGCAAGAGGACGAGGCGCGCCAGGAAGGCCUCGAUCGAGAUCUGUUGGCGGAAGCCGAGAUCAUUGCUGGUGGCGGGAGGUUGCCUCCUGAGGGGAGAGACGGGGCCAGGAGAUGGGACUUGAUCGAGAAUGAUGCCGGAAAGGGGCAGGGACGGGAGGCGUCAGAGGAUGGUACGGCGAAAGCGAUGCGCAUGAUGCUGGCUAUGGGCUAUCGACGCGGUGAGGCGCUCGGGAAGAGGAUGCAAGAAUUCGCGGCGAGAAACGAUGAGGAGGAGGAGGAGGAGGAGGAGGAGGAGGAGGAGGAGGAGGAGGAGGAGGAGGAGGAGGAGGAAGAAGAAGAAGAGGACGAAGAAGACAAGUCAGUAGGAGAACCGCUAACAAGCCCACCGGAUGACACAGACACCGCAUCGCUCGACACGGACGAAGAGAAAGAAGCUCAAAAGGAGCAAGAAGCCUCGCAAGCAAGGGAGGAGGACGAGUACUUGACCGGUGGUGUCUCCGCCGCUCCUUUCGCAGCGAACUUUGAUUCCCGUACGGAGGCUACUUCCUCUCCGAUGCGGAUAGAGCCCCUCCGACCAGACCAGCGCUGGCUCGGUCCCCACCGACGCGCAGGGAUCGGCAUGAUCCCCAAAACGUCACCCGACGUAGCUGCAGCCAUCAGGGCUAAAGCCACCUCACAGCCUGCCACCGCCACCGCUCAGCAAUCCCAAGACUUCCGCACGCGCAUCGCGCACGAACACGCCCAACGCCACACGGCGAACCUGCUUUCCCGCGCCCGCAUGACACUCAUCCAAGUCGACCAGUCUUCCCUCCACAUCGAGUACAGCCCGCUCUGGCUCAACAGCGAUCUGUACCGCCUCCUCUCCGGUCACACCUCGCUUUCUGAGUCGGAAACGAUCGAUGAGAAAAUGCACGCCGAUGCAUCGUUCAAGCACGCCGUCGAGCUGCUGCAGCUCGCGUUCUCCUCCGAGGACAACAAGCAGCUGCAGGAAGCAGAGACGUUCAUCAGGCUCGAACCACAGGCGCAACUCGAUCUGCUGCUCGACCGGCUGAGACGCACACAUCACUAUUGCUUGUUCUGCGGCUGUCAGUAUCGAGACGCCGAAGAGUUGGCACAGCUCUGCCCCGGCACCACCGAAGAUGAGCACGAUUAA